AAUGAAAAUGAAAGUUUACUCAUAGCUCAAGAAAAGUCCCAGUUAAGAGGGAAAAGUCCCUUAAUUAAUAACCAAAGCCAAGUCGUACAAGAAAAGGACUCGUCAGUUAACUGCCCAGCCGUUCGACUGUUCACUACUGUAUGUUGAAAGAUGUCAAAUUUUCCUAAGCUAAACCUUCGCGUUGCGAAAAUCCUGACAUCAAUGUCCUCCAUGAGAUCUCCAGUGAAAGUACGUCAAGUUGGAGAUCCAGUUCUGCGAAAUAUCGCCAAACCAGUCGACAAAGAUUACAUUCAAACGAGUGAAUUCAAAAAACUCACAGAUACAAUGGUUAAAACGAUGAGGACGAGCAAAGGAGUUGGUAUUGCUGCGCCUCAAAUCGGCGAAAGUCUCCAGGUUUUUGCUAUGGAGUUUCCUGAGAAGAAUCUACACGCUCUACGUAAACGUGGAAUCAAGGAAGAAAUUCUCCAAGCCAUGGAAUUGUCUGCUUUUCCGCUCAAAAUCUUCAUCAAUCCCGAAUUUCAAGUAGUAGACUCGACGGUAACCGAGUUUCCAGAAGGUUGUGUAAGCAUUCCUGGGUUUAAAGGCAUCGUUCCUCGCUACCGUGCGGUGGAGUUACAAGCAACUGAUGUCGACGGCAAGGAGAUAUCGUGGAAGGUGUAUGGAUGGCCUGCAAGAAUUAUACAACAUGAGAUUGAUCAUUUGAAUGGGACACUCUAUAUAGAUAAAAUGAAACCUGAAACAUUUGAGAAUCUGUAUUGGAAACUGAAUGCAUAGCCUAGCUAGCAUAGUAAGUUCGUUUUYACACAAAGGUCCCCCUUCUCCGCCGUCCCUGGCCGGUGCAAAGUCGUGCAACCCUCUGACCGAUGAUGCUUGUAUUKAAAUUCAGUAGAUUCAUGAGCGUCACCUAGCGAUAUGCUCUCUAUAUGUGACUGUAAUUCAUUAUUAUUUAUUUUGAACAGUGUGUAUAUAAAACGAUAGACAAUAUAAUGUAUGGAAUGAUUAUGGCCAUCAUGUUAUUCAAAUAAAAUGAAUAUUCUUAUUGUUCAAAAA